AGGUGAGGCAGUCAGCCCGGAUGUGACGCAGCAGCUGCGGUGCUAACAGCUAGCAGCUAGUGACCGGAGAUAAAGUGAGAGCGUCCCGUUGAGGAGCGGCAGACGGCGGAGCGGAGCGGACCGCCAUCUUCUCUCUGCUCCUCUGAAGAGCUUCUGGAAGCUGCUGCUGCGCGCGCACUGUCUCCAUGGCUACGGAAGAGUUCUACGAGGUGACGCGAGCUAAUGCUAACAUGCUAACGGUGGAGAGGAUUGUGGAUAAGAGGAAGAAUAAGAAGGGGAAGGUGGAGUACCUGGUCAGGUGGAGAGGUUACGGUUCAGAGGGGGACACCUGGGAGCCAGAGAGUCACCUGUCCACCUGUAUGGUCUACGUCCACGACUUCAACCGUCAGUACGCUGAGCGGCAGAGAGACAGCACGUUGCUGCGCUCCACCCGCCGCAGCUCGCCCAGCCACCACUGCGGCCCCGCCCACAGACUGUCCUGCAGGCCGUCGCCCACCACCACUGCUCGCAGUGACAUCAGCGGAGGUUUAACUGGAGACCAGGCGAAACUUGUUCUUGGUCUGGCUCACCCACCCCCCGCCAUACUGACCCACCUGGCCUCGGUCAGCUGCCAGCAGCACCCGCAGGCCGGCAGGUUCGGCAGUGGCCUGAUGGCGGUGUCUCCAGCCGGCUCAGCCCGCCGCAGUGUGGACCUGUCCAAGACCGGCAUCAAGAUCCUGGUUCCUAAGAGUCCUAUGAACAGUCGGCCGGACUCUGAGGAGUCUCCCAGUGAGGCGGCUCAGGGUCUGGAGGCCGGGGCUCAGGAGGCUCACCUGGUCCCACCUGAGGUCGCCCUGCUGGAGAAACCUGCAGGAGUCCAGCUGGGACCCGGAGAGGAGAGGGCCCGCAUGGGGACCAGACCCCGCAACCAAAACCCCCUCCUGCCCCCGCCCCGAGUACCCGUCACACCUGCCGCCAUGCGCUCCCUGAGUGGCACAGGUAACUCGCCACUGAUGGAGGCUGUUGCUGCCAACGGGAUGUCAGGUGUGCAGAGUGUUGUUGCCGGGGCGACCAGUGCGAGCGGGAAACGCCGUCUGGAGGAACGUUCGGCUUUCGACAAACGUCUGAGGUUCAGCGUUCGACAGACGGAGAGCGCAUACCGCUAUCGCGACAUUGUGGUAAAGAAACAAGACGGCUUCACUCACAUCCUGCUGUCGACCAAGAGCUCUGAGAACAACACGCUCAACCCAGAGGUGAUGAAGGAGAUCCAGAGCGCCAUGGCGACGGCAGCAUCAGACGACAGUAAGCUGGUGUUACUUGGUGCCGUUGGCAGUGUCUUCUGCUGCGGCCUCGACUUCCUGUAUUUCAUCAGACGCCUGACGGACGACAGGAAGAAGGAGAGCAUCAAGAUGGCCGAAACCAUCAGGACCUUCGUCAACACCUUCAUCCAGUUCAGGAAGCCGAUCGUGGCAGCGGUGAACGGGCCGGCGCUCGGCCUCGGUGCCGCCAUUCUACCGCUCUGCGAUGUGGUGUGGGCCAAUGAGAAGGCCUGGUUCCAGACGCCGUACACGUCCUACGGCCAGACACCGGACGCCUGCUCAUCCUUCACCUUCCCACGCAUCAUGGGCCUGGCCUCGGCUAACGAGCUGCUGUUGAGCGGCAGGAAGUUGACGGCUCAGGAGGCGUGUUCUAAAGGUCUGGUGUCUCAGGUUCUCUGGCCGGGGACCUUCACACAGGAAGUGAUGCUUCGAAUCAAAGAGCUGGUGACCGUCAACUCGCUGGUUCUGCGUGAGUCUAAAGCCCUGAUGAGGAACACCAGCCGCAGUGCUCUGGAGCAAGCUAAUGAGCGCGAGUGUGAAGCUCUGAAGAGAGUGUGGGGCUCAUCGCAGGGGACCGACUCCAUCCUGCAGUACCUGCAGAGGAGAACCGAACUCUGCUAGAACCUGGACAUGGACAAGGACCUGAACCAGGAGCAGAACGUGGUCCCCUGACUCAGCAGCUCUAAGCAGGCAGCAGUGACUCAGCAGAUUCUGAGCUGGACAGGAAGCACUGAACAUGUUAAAAUUUAAGUUAUACAUUGAUCUAAGAACAGUCGGACACUGUGAACUCUUUUGUUCUCCGGUUUACUGUAAUCUCAACUGUGGGGUUCCACAGGGUUCCACUCUGGGUCCUCAGUUAUUCAGCUUUACACGCUUCCUUUGGAUGAUAACGUCAUCAUCACUGUUGUUCCUGCCAGACUAAACUGAGGGCCGUAAACCUGUGUCAGUGUGAAGCGAACCUGAACAGACCUUCUGUGUGUUUAAACAGCUCAUUAAAUCAGACUGUAUGUUUAUAACGUGCUGUAUGCUUAAAACAGCAGAUUUCCAAAGGGACUUCUGUCCAGUGUUUUGAUAAAGAAAAUCACCUGUGCUAAGCUAGGCUAACAGUAUCUGAUGAGAUGUUGGACUCUUCUUUCAAUGACUUUCUCCCAGAAUUCCCUGAUUUGAAUCCCUAAUUUCUACAUGGAGGAAUAAACAGGAAGUGACAGCUGAAUACAAACAGGAAAUGAACUAACACUGACCAUGAUGUUUCCUCUGGGGGUUCAUGUUUUUUCUAAUCAGAGGAGAUAAUCGUUCACAGAUACGAGUCCACACCUGCAGCUCCGCAGUCUGUCCUCCAGCGCCACCCUCAGGACAAACUUUACCUUGCUUGAUGCUCAGAGUCUAAUAACAGAUAAGGAUAUGGUGAACUCUGCAGCCUACAGGGGGCGCUGACAGGACAAUGCAAUCUAAUUAAUUUGUAUGAUCAUGCCGCAGUGUGACCGUGAUGAAUUCUGGGUAAAUAUUGACGACUGAGGUGGGGGUCUGAACAGCAUCAGGAUCUGAGCAGGUUCAGGUUUGCAGACUGUUAUAAGACUCUUAUUCUGUUUAUUUCAUAUAAACACUGAACCUUUAAGAACAACAGAUAUUAAAUAUCAUAUCAACAUCU